AUGCCGCGAGGGAAGUCUCAUCGCCGCUCCCAGGCGAUGAAGCGGAGAGUGGCAGAGCAGCUUGCUGUUCCUGUGCGCUCUCUGCUGGCUAGGGAGGACGUCCCCACACGGCGUGGCACCGGUUACCGUCACCGUGUGGGGCAAUGGCGAAUCUCCCCCUUCACCGGGAAGAGCCACAAGUUGGUCAUCCCGCCAGAGUCUCCCAAGAAGAAGUUUGUAUUUGUUGUUGGAGACUCCCAUCUGCGCCACUUUGCGGAUGGAUUGGUGGCACUGCCAGAGGGUUGCCUGUCCUUCGGCAUCAGUUCCACCCCGGGCGCUUGUGCCUCAGAGCUGGAGAAGGAGUUCAUUCGCACCCAGCUAGAUCGGACUCCUUCUCUGGUGGUGGUGCUCGCUCCCUCCAACAACCUGACUGCCAGCAGAACAGUCACAGAGGCUGCGUCCGACUUCGGUCGGUAUCUUGCUACAGUCUGCAGCCGCUGGCAGAAGGUUGUUGUCCUGGAUUUUCCGCCUCGCCUCACUGUCGAGGUGGAACUGCAGACACUUUUGAGCCAGGAGUAUCAUCGUGUUGCAGCACGGAUGAGUGUCAAGUAUUAUUCUGUUGCUGAACACUUUCCAAUGGACCGACUGCACCUGUGGGCUAGAGAUGGGGUCCAUCUGAGUGAUACAGACGGGGGAAUGGACAUCCUAGGUCGACUGAUUUGGACUGUCUCAUUCCUACAGCUGUCUGAGGCACCACCCGCUCCAACCCCGCCCACGGUGCCUCAGAAGAACCCGCCUGUCAGAAGGGUUGCACCAAAGCUGGUCGUGACAGGCCCCGAUCCUCUGCCACGGCCACACCCUUCUGAGUGGACGAUUGUCGGACAGGGCAAGAAGGGGGAUACGGUUUCCACCAUCCCUCUGUGCCCUGUCCGCUUCAGUGCAGACAUUUUAGAGGAGAUGGACAAGGUGUCGCCAUCAGACCUUGACUCUGUGGAGUCCAAGGCCAGCCUUCCCACGGGAAAGAAGCCGCCCCGUGUGAGAAGCCAAAAAUCCUCCAGGACCCACCAGCCCAAGCAACAGGUGGAAUCAGGAGGUCUGGAGGUGAAAGCCAGAUCACCUACCAGUUCUUCACCUGUGGUGGGGGCCGACCAGAUGGACUCGCCUACAGUCUGUCAGGCCCCACCCGUUAGAAGGGUUGCACCAAAGCUGGUCGUGACAGGCCCCGAUCCUCUGCCACGGCCACACCCUUCUGAGGGCACGCUUGUCGGACAGGGCAAGAAGAAGCGGCCCGGGAGCCCUACCCACUCCACUGGGGACCCCAAGAGGCGGCUGCUUCAAGACCGACAGGGGGAUACAGUUUCCACCAUCCCUCUGUGCCCUGUCCGCUUCAGUGCAGACAUUUUGGACGAGAUGGACAAGGUGUUGCUAUCAACCCUUGACUCUGUGGAGUUCACUGACAGCUUUCCUGCUGGCAAGGUGAGUUCUUCAGCAUCCCAUUAA